AUGAACGUUUUCAAAAAAAAACUGAAAGAGCUUGUUUAUUCGUUAAGUACUGAGGAUCAUUAUGCUGAGUACGAUCCAAACGCGGAUCCAGGGUUCAACAUGGGUCGUAGAGUAAACCAAGGGAACCCAGUGAGUGCUUCAAGGGUACAUUUGAACAGUGUGGAUGAGUUGGGAGAUGAAGAGAUGAAUAUUGGAUUGGAAAAUGGUAAUCAGGAAAUUAAUAUCGAUGAAUUUGAGAAUACGGAUAAGGAGGGGGUGUCAGAGGUUUUACUGGCAUGGAGACAUAUUGAUUCGUGGACAACAGAACACAAUCCGGAUUUGAAUGCGACUUUAGGGGAUCCUUGUACACAUAAUGAUAUCACACACGCAGAGGAAGAUUUGGCUAUCGCUUUCCCAGCAGCAGUCAGAGUCUCCUUGAGGAUUCAUGAUGGACAAGAGGAUCUUGAGUCUAUGACUGGUGUCUCUGGGUUGAUCUAUGGGUUGCAAUUGAUGACUCUGGAUCAGGUUGUUGAGAUGACAGAGAAAUGGAGAAGCGUCGCGAAGAAUUUGAGUAGAAUGCCUCAACCAGAUGCAACGAUGUCUCCUUCGACAACCAACUCUGCAGAAGAGGCUAAGAGAAGACAGUUCAAGUUACCACAUAUCCCAGAGCAGAAAUCUCUACCUCCAAACGCGAUACAGCCCGUUUACGCGCAUCCAGCAUGGAUUCCACUGCUAACGGAUAAUGCAGGAAAUCAUGUCGGUGUUGAUUUGGCACCAGGUCCAGAGGGCGAGUACGCGCAAGUGAUAAUCUUUGGCAGAGAUUUUGACACCAAAUAUGUCGUCGCAAAGAACUGGGGGGAUUUUCUAUUGGAUUUUGCCAACGACCUGGAAGCCGGUAACUGGUAUUUGAUCGACGAUAAUGAUGAUUAUUUCUCUGGUGAUGGUGAAUUGGUCUUCAGAGAUAAGAAAUCGAAUGGUCCAGUUCAGGACUACCUUGAGGUACUCAAAAAGAGAGCUUUGAUCAAGUCCCAGGAAUCAACCAAAAAUUCAGAGAAUGUCGAAUCAGUGAGUCCUUUUAAUACCAAAGACAAGACUCAGAUAAGUAAAACUGUUCUGACAGAUGAUAAUUCAACCGAGGAAGAUAUUAUUACCACUAGAGAUCUACCGGAGAGUGAACUGAAUCAAAAGACAGAGGCGAAAGCCCCAGUCGAGGAACAAAAGUUAGUCAAGGAACAGGAAGAUGCUGAGAAAGACAGAAAGAUUGAAAAAAUAAAGGAAGUUGCAUCGUCUGUGGAGACUGGUAAGGCCAGCGAGGAACAAGUAAAAUCUGACGAAAAAGGCGAUUCAACCAGUACUAGCCAAGACAGAUCAAAUGCCGACGAGAGUGCUCAAAAAACAGAUGAUACCAAAGUUGAGUCUCUAAAGGAAGAAUUUAAGAAUGUUGAAUUGUAA